AUGGCGGGCGGCUUGGCAGCGGCUGUGCUGACAGCAUACGGGCGGGGGCCUCCGCCACCUCCGCUCCGCCUGGGGGAGGUCCGCGCGUGCCAUCAGCGACGGCCGCCUGGAUGCGCCCCGAAUCCGAAGCGGCUCCCGCCUCCCCGUGGGCAGGGGAAGGAGGAAGGGGGAAGGGGCGGGCGCCGGCCGCAUCCCUCCGACGGCAAACGGGGAGGAGUCGCCGCUGCAGCCGCUUGUCACUCGGGCUGCUCGCCCUGCUGCUUCGCCGCGGCGCCAACUGGGCUGCGGAAGGAGGCGAGGGAAGGAGCCGCGCUGGGGCCGCCGCUGGUCAGGGCAGCCCGGGCGGGCCGGGCCAGGUGCUUCCUGCCGGCGGUAAGACUCACCCCGAGGCCAAUGUGGGGAUUCCUGCUGCUGCUGCUGCUGUGCGUGUCCCCGCCGCCGGGCUCGGCAAUGCCCCCGCCCCCGCCCCAGAAUGAGUCUGGGGCGGACUUGCAGAGCCCCGGCCCAUCUCCCGCCUCUCCGGCAACCCCCACCCUGCUGCCCAGCCACAGCGAAGCCCCCGCCUUGCGGCUGAACCUGGGGCUCAACUUCCAGGUGAAGGUGCGCAGCCAGGGGAAGGGGCAGCCCCCCGAAGGGCCUGGGAGAGCCGCCACCAGGCCGCCCCCGCCCCGCGGCCAGCCGGACGCCCCCGCCCACUCUCCAACCGAAGCCGCGGGAGGCUCCGCGGGCGCCGGAUCGGCUGGAGAGCCACUCGCUGGUCCCACGGCCGGGCCGAAUAAUGGCUCCUCCUCGCCACGCGCCCCUGCGGCUCCCCGGCCCUCCGCGACCCCCCUCCGGCCUGGGGAGCACAGCAGCGAGCUCGAGUUCCAGGUGGACAUCGGCCUGAGUGCCGGGCUGGGCCAGGAGCGGGGCUCGGUGCUCGGCGGCGGCGGCGGCGGCAGUCUCCUCCCUGUCCUGGCCGACGCCUUGGGGAUGGCCGGCCAAGGAGGGGGUCCAGGUCUGUUUGGCUUCACUCUGCCUCCUGAGCUGUGGAAGCCCCAGGAGUGGAAUGUCACGGGAAGCCCUGUGGAAGAACCUGAGGACCCCGUCUCCACUGCUGAAGGGACCCUGGAGCCAGGACCAGUGGAGCCCAGUGGCAGCCCCACCGCCCCGCUGGGCAGCGAGGAGGCGUUCGUGGCACUGCCCGCCUGCCUGCCGGACCGGCCCGAUGCCUGUGGCUCCCCCCGGCCAGAGCCCGGCACACCUCAGCUGCUGCCCGGUGGGCCCCUCUUUGUACCCCUGCACUCGGACUGGACGGCGGCGCUGGCCACGUGGGGGCCAGCCUGGGAAGGCCACGUCUACGGCGCUGGUGCCCUCUUCGCCUUGCUGGCAGCCUUGGCCCUGCUGGCCCUGCUGGUGCUGCCCUGCCGCCGCCACCGCCUGGCUGCCUCUGAGGGCCGCCUGCUGGGCCUGCUGCACCUGUUGCUACUGGGGGCUGGCAGUGCCCGGGCCGGGCUGCUCUUUGGCCAGGCCGAUGGGCAGCGUUGGGAGCGGCUCCCUGCGCUGGCUGUGCGGCUGCUGCGCGAUCUUCCACUGCCCUGCUUAACCUCAGCUCUGGCUGCUGCCCUACUGCUGCUCUCACGGCGCCCACGGGCCAAGCUCUCAGCACACCCUGGCCUCCGCCCACCCUGCCUGCUGGUGCUGCUGUUGCUGGGUCAUUUCUCGGCUGCCACAGGCGCCGUCUUGGCCGCCGAGCGGCUGCCGGUGCUGCUGCUAGCCUCGCGGGGGCUCUUUGCACUGCUGGCUGCGUUGCUCUCGGCCGCCCUGCUGGGCUGCUCCUGCUUGGCGCGGGGGGAGGUGGCUCAGAUCUAUGACCUCCGGAGUGCCCCGCCACCACCAACCUGCCAGGGCUCUUUUGCUAGCGGCCGCCGGUGGAGCCGCGCUGCCCGUGCCGCCUCACCCGCCGCCACCUUCGGGCUGCUCAGCGCUGGCCUUCAUGCCUAUUCGGUACUGCAUGUGCUGGGCUAUGGGCUUAGCCCGGCACUCUUCGGGCCCUGGCCCUGGUGGGCGCUGCAGCUCUCGUGCCGGCUGUGCGAGGCGGGUGUGGGGCUGCCGCUGGCUGCCUUCGGCCUUUACCUCACCUGUGGCUGCUCUGCUGCCACCUGCUGCCGCCGUCUCACCUUCUGUUCAGGCCAGGCUGCCGCCAAAGCCCCAGUGCUGCCCAGCAGCCUCCACUGGGCGCUGUCCCAGCAGGAGAAGCUGGCUGUGUGCAGUGACACAGUGGUCCGCAGCCAGUCCGACUACCUCCCACUGUGCGCUGUGUCCAUGGAGGGGCCCCUUGAUGCCCGCUGUGCUGCGGCUGCCUGGUCAGUCCUCAGCCUGGCCGUGGAGGCAGCUGAUCCCACCGCCGACUUCCAGCCACCCUCACCCAUUGACCUGCGCCGUAGCAUCGAUGAGGCACUGUCCAGCGAGGGGCUCCUCCAGGGCAGCAGUGCCUUCUCCACCUCCAGCAUCCUCUCGCUGGUCUCCGCCACUGAGUGCCACCUGCCCCACGCCACUUCCUGCUUGGAGCUGGCCCUGGUUCAGCCGCAGGACGAUGGGUUGGUUGCUCUGCAACCCCAUGGGGCCACCAUCCAGCCCUCCUCCCCCACCAGCCCCACCAGGAGCACUGCGGGGCCUUCCCCGAGCCAUGCAGACUCACUCCCAUCUUCUCCAGCUGCCAGAGACCCACCCGGGGGCCUGCCUGAGCACUCCCAGGAGUCCCUGGCCUCGGUGGGGCAGCCCAGAGAGGACACAGCCCCCAUGCAGGAGGAGCCAGUGGAUGUUAGCCAGCCAGCCGAUGUUGUCAGUGUUGGCAGUGACACCAUAGAUUUAUAAUCCCCUGGAACCCCCAAUAUGGACGCCUGCCCCAUACUUUGGAUCGGAGCUCACUGUGCAUCUGCAGUGGGAGGAUGCCCAGCUUGGUGGCCCCUUCCUCCCAGGCGGCUGUGCAGCUGCUUCACUCCUUGGGUGGGGCAGAUGGGCAGGGGUCUCUGGCCCAGCGGGAGGCUCUUCCCACAUCAUUCUGCCUCCGCACAAAGUGGCCAGUUUCUAAAACCCAUCAUGCUCCCAACUCAGCAAGCUACUCACUGUGCAAACACAACUGCUGGGUCUUCAGCGUACCCGCUUAAACGUGUUGUGGGAACAGAAGUGAUGGGACGGGUCGGGGUUCUGCUGUUGCACAGCCACCCCCUUCCCUUCUGCUAGCAAAAAGGGUUGCCCUCCCCCCUCCCCUCCUUGCUGGGGACCCGGCCAAAGUGGCACUGAAAUGAGCCCCCCCCUUCCCGAUCUUCAAAGCCAGCAAGAGCGGGCGACUCUGUUCUGUGGGGUGGGGUGGGGAAUCCAAAUCCUACGUGUGGAUCCUCCCUCCUUCCCCAGAAGGGAACCGAAGCUCUGUA